AUGCGUAAAAUCAAUUAAGCCGCCAUUUUGAAAAUUGCUGUGUCAUUCGCGAAAAGUGAUUGUGCCGGUUUUCCUUUUCUCUGUACUUCUUUAACUAACAUAAAGCAAUGGAUAGGAUUUUACGGCUUGGCUCUGGUGGUAUCCCGGGGGUUGGACAGGCGCCGCCGAGUGAUGCCCCCGUUGUGGACACAGCAGAACAAGUGUAUAUAUCCUCCUUAGCUUUACUUAAGAUGUUAAAACAUGGCCGUGCUGGUGUGCCCAUGGAAGUUAUGGGCCUGAUGUUGGGAGAGUUUGUUGAUGAUUAUACUGUGAGAGUCAUUGAUGUCUUUGCUAUGCCACAGAGUGGAACUGGUGUUAGUGUAGAAGCAGUGGAUCCUGUCUUCCAAGCUAAAAUGUUAGACAUGCUUAAACAGACUGGAAGGCCAGAGAUGGUGGUCGGCUGGUAUCAUUCUCACCCAGGGUUUGGAUGCUGGCUUUCAGGAGUGGAUAUAAACACUCAACAGAGUUUUGAGGCUCUUUCAGAAAGGGCCGUUGCAGUUGUAGUAGACCCAAUACAGAGUGUAAAAGGAAAGGUUGUAAUUGAUGCUUUCCGACUUAUCAACCCUAAUAUGAUGGUGUUAGGCCAAGAGCCCAGACAAACUACUUCAAACCUUGGACAUCUACAAAAGCCAUCGAUACAGGCUAUGAUCCAUGGUCUCAAUAGACACUACUAUUCGAUCUCUAUCAACUACAGGAAGAAUGAACUGGAACAAAAGAUGUUACUCAAUUUACACAAGAAGACAUGGAUGGAUGGUUUGACAUUACAUGACUAUAGUGACCACUGCUCUGUGAAUGAGAACAAAGUCAAGGAAAUGCUAGACUUGGUUAAAAAUUAUAAAAAGGCCCUUGAGGAUGAAGAGACCAUGACAGCAGAGCAGCUUGCCAUCAAGAAUGUGGGCAAGCAAGACCCCAAGCGGCAUCUGGAGGAGAACGUUGACGUCCUCAUGACAUCUAAUAUUGUACAGUGUCUCUCUGCCAUGCUGAAUUCUGUCGUGUUUUAGCCUUAACUGGUCACCUGAAGACAGUAUACUUAGGUCUGGAUUAUAGUUGAUGCUAUUUUUAUUUGCUGUUCUUAAAUCCGUUUCAACUGGUUGGUCUUCACUUUAGUUAUUUCAUAUGGAAUGUAACACUGGUUGUGACAUCCAUCCUUCUAAUAAUCUACACACACAAAGUGCACUAAAGGUGUAGUUUCAUGUGAUGUUUCUAAAUGCAAGUGAGCCACUUAAACUUACUACUCCUUAUUCACAUUAAGGAAUGGCACAUGAAAAGUAUAAUAUGUUGCUAUUUCCAAGUGCUGUUCACAAUGGAAAUAAAAGAUAAACUGGGAUCAUUUGCAUUUAUGAAUGGCACAUGAACUCCAACCAGGGCCUAAUUUAUUCUACAACAGUUAUGUAUUACUUGGUGCCUUUAGAAACAAGAGAAUAAAUAUAAUUAUUUUAUCUGGUGAUAACAAGAAAAGGCUUGUUUUAUCCUAGGAUAAAGGCAAUUUGAUUGGUGACCUUUGCUUCUCUGUUUGGCGUCAGAUAUUAUUGCAUUAUUGUGGUGAAUAAUGUCAAUAAAAUACACUUUGUAGA